CUUACUUUGAGUCUCCUGCCUAUGUUUGACAGAUGCUGGUGGAGAUGUAACAUGUAGAUUGUCUUACAACAAGUCUUCCCUCUUCUCACACAUCAUAGUGAAAUAUUACAUUUACUGCAUCAUUGGGUCAAGCACCAAACUAUCCUGAACUGAAAGACAGCAUCUUCCACACCAUGGAAGGUCCACUCCCUCACCUCCUUCUCCUCGUCCUGAUUUUCCUCCUCCACGCCUGGCGGGGGUGCUGUCAUCCCCAGUGUUUGGACUACAAGCCUCCAUUUGAGCCCCGGCAGCCAUUGGUCUUCUGCAAAGAGUAUUCCAAGUUUGGAUGCUGCGAUCUGGAAAAAGAUGGGGAGAUAUCAGUCCGAUUUUACAAAAUCAUGGAGAACUUUGACCAUUCAGGUUAUGUAACCUGUGGCAAGUACAUGCGCAGCAUCCUAUGCCAGGAGUGUUCUCCAUACGCUGCCCACCUGUACGAUGCCGAAGAUGCUAACACACCUAUGCGGAUGCUGCCUGGACUGUGCGGCGAUUACUGCUCUGAAUACUGGCAUCAGUGUCGGUACACCCUCAGUCUCCUCUUGGAGGACCUGGGGAGCCCGCAGCAGUUUGCAAACCUGACUGCAACGAUCGAAGAAGAUCGCAGAAGGUUCUGUGACUUUCUGGUGCUGAAGGACAACCAGUACUGCUAUCCUAAUGUCGUUACAAAUGCAGAGCUAAAUGCUAACCUUGGCUUUGUACGUGAAGAUCCCAAGGGAUGUCUGGAGUUGUGUUUACAGGAGGUUGCCAAUGGGCUCCGUAACCCUGUGGCCAUGAUUCACGCAGACGAUGGAACUCAUCGAUUCUUUGUGGCAGAGCAGCUGGGUUAUGUGUGGGUGUAUCUGGCCAACGGCUCCAGGAUCGACCGCCCUUUCCUCAACCUCACCAGGGCUGUGCUUACAUCGCCGUGGGCAGGAGAUGAGAGGGGAUUCCUCUGCAUAGCACUACAUCCAAGGUUCACCACGGUCAGAAAAGCCUAUGUAUACUACUCUGUAUCUGUCAAGAAGGAGGAGAGGAUACGGAUCAGCGAGUUCACACUUUUAAUUCAUGAUGACAACCAACUAGACCACUCCUCUGAGAGAACCAUCCUUGAGGUGGUAGAGCCGGCAUCCAAUCACAAUGGAGGACAGCUUCUAUUUGGCCAUGAUGGGUAUUUGUACAUAUUUAUUGGUGAUGGUGGCAGAGCUGGGGACCCAUUUGGAAAAUUUGGCAACUCACAGAACAAGUCAGCGCUCCUCGGCAAGGUGCUGCGUGUUGAUGUUGAGGACAAUGACAAUGGCGCCCCGUACAGUAUCCCCUCAGACAACCCGUUCUUGUGGGAGAAGGAUGCACGACCUGAGGUUUAUGCCUAUGGAGUUCGCAACAUGUGGCGCUGCUCCAUUGACCGCGGUGACCCUGCUACAGGCCGAGGCAGAGGCAGGAUGUUCUGUGGUGACGUAGGCCAGAACAAAUAUGAAGAGGUGGACCUCAUUGUCAAAGGAGGCAACUACGGAUGGAGGGCCAAAGAAGGCUUCAGCUGCUACGAUCGCAAACUCUGCCAAAACUCCUCGCUAGAUGACAUCUUGCCUAUCUUUGCCUACCCCCACAAGUUGGGCAAAUCAGUGACAGGAGGAUACAUCUACAGAGGUUGUCAGAUGCCCAACCUCAAUGGGCUCUACAUAUUCGGUGACUUCAUGAGUGGGCGUCUGAUGUCUCUUAAGGAGAAUGUCACCACUGGUGAAUGGCAGUACAAUGAAAUCUGCAUGGGGACAGACCAGACCUGCAGAUUCCCCAAACUCAUCAACAGUUACUAUAAAUACAUCAUCUCGUUUGCUGAGGAUGAAGCAGGGGAACUGUAUUUCUUAGCCACAGGAGUCCCGAGUGCCACAGCCAGAGCAGGAGUCAUCUAUAAGAUAGUGGACCCUUCCAGGCGAGCGCCGCCAGGAAAAUGCAACAUCAAGCCUUCACCUGUUAAAAUAAAGGGAAAACUGAUUCACUUCCACCCCAAAGAAGAGUUUGUAAUCAACAAGAAACCAACCACCACACCUGUACCCACAACAACCAGAAAAACUACAACCACAACAAGAACUCCAUCAAGAAGAAAACCUAUAAUAAUAAUAAAACCACCAAUGCCAACAAGAAAAACAAUUAGAAAAACACCACCAACAACAACAACACCAACAGCAAGAAAAACAUUACAGACAACAAGAAAAACAACAUUACAGACAACAAGAAAAACAACGAGAAAAACACCACCAACACCAACAACACCAACAAUAAAAGCUACGACAACAAUAAAAACAACCUCAGCAACAACAAUAAAACCAACAACAACCGUACCAACAACUGUCCAGAUGGCAACAACCCCUGACACAACCACACCCACUGGUUAUCGCACAACCGUCAUGACUGCAGCCAUGUCUAGGAUUGCUCAAUCCCCAAUCGUCACCACACCUCCAACCAGGAGACACGGAAGACCCCUUCAGACCCCCCCUUGUACCACCUCCCAAUCUUUAACCUCACUGCAACCUUGUCCAUCUACAACAUCCCUGACUCUGACCUCUGCACGUUACCUCGAGCAUCCUGGAGCGUUCACCACACCUCGGCUGCCAUAUUGGAACCAGAAACCCACGGCAUCAGACUACAAGCCCCAGAGACCACCGAUCAACACAACGCUGCUUAAAUCACAGGAAGAGAAGCUUUGGCUCGGAGAGAAGCAGGAAAUCGCUGGGGAGGGUAACCAGGUGUUUAAGAGGCCUCGAGGAAGAGGUAGAGGGCGCGGUUACAAGCGAGGAAGAGGGCUACGGGUUGGCUCAGUGCGACUGGUAAGCGCUGAUGGUUUAUCAGAUCGAGGUAGAGUGGAGAUCUUUAUCCGUGGUGAGUGGGGGACAGUGUGCGAUGACCUUUUUAGCAACAAAGCAGGUACCGUAGUGUGUCGACAGCUUGGUUUCACGACGGCGUUGGCAGUGAUGAAGAGGGCUGCGCUGGGGGAGGCAGACAGGAGCGUCAGGAUCCUGUUGGAUGAUGUGGAGUGUGAGGGCGGAGAGAGGUCGCUGCUGGAGUGCAAGAGAUCCAGGGUUGGGAAACACAAUUGUUCACAUGGGGAGGAUGUAGGGGUGAUCUGCGGUUAGCAGAGAGGGGUGAAAGUAAAAGAAAAGCAUAGGAAGGGAAGUAGGAGACAGUGGAGUGAUGA